AUGACCCCAAGAAACCGCCCCCCGUUCCCGGACCAAGGAGGCACUGCCUUCUUUCCCACACCGCAGUCGCGGGGCGAGUUUCUGAGGGGGAGGAGCAGCGCGGGUUCCCCACGGACACCCCACCGGGAAGCCCCGGUGACGCAGGAACAGGAGGGUUUCGCCGACGGCUUCGUCAAGGCCCUGGCCGACCUGCACAAGCAGAACCAGCUCCUGGCGGCGCCGCCGCCGCUCUCCGCGCCGGGACCCUGCUGCACCGCCCGCCCGGGGCCACCAGGAGCCCCCGCCGCUGCCGCCGCCGACCCUCCGGCCGUCUACACCAACUUGAGCGGCUUCAACCCCGCGGGGCCGCUGAGCCCCUCGGGCAGCGCCUACCCCUCCGCCUCCGCCCCGCCGCCGCCGGGCCUGGCCUUCGGGGCGGCGGGUCUGGGGAGCGGGCGGCUGCCGCCGGCGCGGUCCCUGGAGGAGCCGCAGACGGUGCCCGAAGUGCCGCCGUCGGCGGGCGGGGAGGGCGGCAGCAGCGCGCCGACGCCGCCUUCGCUGUCGCCGCUGGACGCGGAGAGCCAGGAGCGGCUGAAGGCAGAGCGCAAGCGGCUGCGAAACCGCAUCGCCGCCUCCAAGUGCCGCCGGCGGAAGCUGGAGCGCAUCGCCCGGCUGGAGGAGAAGGUGAAAGCGCUCAAGGGGCAGAACGCCGAGCUGGCCGCCACCGCCAACCUCCUCCGCGCCCAGGUCACCCAGCUGCAGGGUCGCGUCCGCAGCCACCUCUCCUCUGGCUGCCACAUCAACGCCGCCGGGCAUCCUCCUCCUCCUCCUCCUCACGCCGCCGCCCAGCCGCGGGAGACUCCCCCCGAGGCGGCCGCCGCCGCGCCGGAGACCAGCGCCUGCUGAGGAGGGACACCCCGCCGGCCCCGGCCCCGGCCCGCCCGGGGGCACCGCGGGGCAAGGUGCGCGCCUGCCGCCGCCCUUCUGCUAUUAUUAUUAUUAUUUUUAUUAUUAAUUAUUAUUAUUAUUUAUUUACGCCCGGAGAAGGUGUUUUUUUGCGGGAGCCGGGUGUUGCUAAGCGUUUCCCGAGUUCUGUCGAUGUCGCAUUCAGCAGCGAGGGUCUCCGUGGGUGGUUCUGGGGCAGGUGGUUGUUAAUUUUUCAGUGAAGUACUUGAGGUCUGUCGAGAUUUCCGAAAAUAAGAAAAUUACUGUUUACAGAAAGAUUCAACUUUAUUUUCAUGGGGGAUAUAAAACGUGUGUUUCCUAAUACACCUUACUGAACUGUAUAGCAAUGGAUAAGCUUUUCAAACUUAAAAAAAAAAAAAAAUAGCCAGAAUCGUACCUUUUGAAAAGAUGUGCGUGUAUAUAUAUAUUUAAAACAUAAUAUGGCUAUGUAUAUUUUCUUGGUAUUGAUAAAGAACCUUUUUUAAAAUACUGUCUUUCUCUAGAGCUUUAAUUUGCCAUUGAGAGUUAAGACAGCUGUGUGGGUGCUCUUGCACUUACAUGGCUUUGAUUUUCAAAUCGAACCCUGGAGGGAAAUGAUUUUUGUUGUAAAUCUUAAGCAGAUUGAAAUGCAUUGCUGACUCAGUCAUAGGAAAAUAGUUUUCUAAACCUGUAUGCUCCAUAUUUCUUGUGCCAGUGCGAACUUGGGGCAUUGAUAGUUAUUUAUUGAAACUUGAACACUUUUUGGACGUUGCCUAGACCUUAUUUUUCUAGAUAACACGUUAGUAGAGAAAAUGGUUACUUUGGCAAAAAGAGCUUUACUUUUUUUUUGGUUUUUUUUUCCUUCACUGUGUACAUUCCAGUAGUGUGUGCUCUUUCCAUGGUAUAGUGACAAUUCAGUGCUAUACAGGAAAGGGCUCAGAUUUGGGGUGGGUUAGCUGUAAAGGUGGUAAUUCCAUUGUAUUCUGUUUGAAUAAAUCACAGAAAUAUUAUGGAGAAUUAGAUUUAUUUUUUAGUAGAAAUCUGUAUAUCUUGCUUCUUGGUCUACUUUGUUCUAAAAAAACUUUCUGCAAUACUCUAGAGACAGAAAGAGUCGAUGCUAGAAUGUGAAGUGUUUUACUGGUUGGGAAGAAUUGGUGUGAUUUAUUUCUUUGUCGAGAAUUUACUAGUAGAAGAGUAUAGCAAAGGAAUUAUUUCUUCUGAUUAGACAUAAUCCUCAAUAAGUUUUUGAAAGCUUUAGGUCCCUUGCUCGGUGCCACUGCCUUCCACGCUUCUGCUGCACCUGUGUGUUUUGAGCAUAGCCGCUAGCGCAGCGCUGCCGAGCCCUGUGGCAUGGUGCGGUGGGAAGGGUCUGUCGGAGUGUGACGGUCACCUCACCAGGAGCCCCUGCGUGCGGAGGCCGCGGGCCGGCCCUGCCGCUGGGGGAAGGCAGGGCUUCUCCUGAGCAGAUCCAGCUGCAGUGUGGGGCCCUCUUCCUUCCUUGAAACUGUGCUAAAAACUCUGCUUGAACUCAGAGGCAAAUCUUUCAUGGGGAUAAGUGUCUGUGCCAGCUGGUGAAAAGGGGUAAUCAUACGAGGAGCCAAGACGGCAUAGACGUCUCUAUGUGUACAGCAAUUGCUCAGAUCUGUUAAAGCCACUCAGGAGCGGGUAAACAUCUCUUACCUCUCCUGAAGGCUACAGCUGAUGAUUUGAAAUCCAAUAAGAAUGGGAUAGACUCACGGUUUUUCAUGCUUUUACUGGGGAUAUGUGAGUGCUAUCUGUUCAGAAAGUUGAGCUGCAGAAAUCAAGUGUAUGACCUUUUCUUUUUAGUGCAUAGUUGUUCCUGGGCACAUGUAUGAAAUUAUAUGAGAGUGUGUAGUUACACUGAUACUGUAGCUGAGAUGGCUCCGAGGGUAUUUCUUUUCUUAAUGCAUAUGCAAAUUAGGUAGAAGCCAUAUUAAUCAUUGUAUAACUGUUCGAUCAUGUCACCAGAGCCUUUUUUGAUGGUUGAAGUGUUUGCCUGUAACAGUACAUUCUGCUGUUAGAAAUACUAUAAGCAGAUAAGAAAAUAUUUUGGUCUUUUAGGUUUAAAGACUUCUUAGGGGCAUUCUGAACCAUACUGCAUACAAUCUGUAGCACUGCUUGUUAUAUAAUAACUGGGUGAAAAACAUGGUUUUUACUUUGGUAGUCAUCACCCAUCUGCAAAGAUGCUGCAAGUCUGGAGAAACUGAUGAAAAACUUCUUUUCCCCCACACUUAACACUUUUCCCUAGUGAGAGGCAAUGCUGCCUGGUAGAUGUGAGAUGCUUUACUGCAUCUGCACAGUAAAUUUAUAUGUGAUUGAGGUGAGGUUUUUUUUAAGGAAUUCUGGAAAAAAUCAUAAGAAAUUACAUGGUGAGCACCUCUUCUUUGGUCCUUGUCCUUGUAAAUGAGUGUAGGGGUGAGUAAAGAUCUUGAGGUAGAACACAGGACAAUGAUAAAUGCAGCUGUGCAAUACUUCGUCUUUACUUACUUCAUAAUUUCUGGUCAUAAUAAAUUAGCAAUAUCCAAGCAACGUGGGGGAUCCAUUAGGCACGAGAAAUCACUGCACUUCCCCUUCUCAGACAGAGGCAAGGCUCUAGUGGGCUGUAGUCUAGCAGGGUUAUAAUAACCCCCCCUUUUCAGCAUGGUAAUGUUAAAGCUUAAAACCACCCCACAUUACCUCACUUGAGUUUGAACUUUCUGCAAGAGCAGUCUCACCCCCAGCAUCUCUAAGACCUCAUGUGGUAACUUCUUUGAUAGCCUGCUUUCUGUUCUAGCUGACAACUAUUCAGUGGUAGAAGUGGUAACAGGCCAGCUCUCUUACCCUGGUGACUGAUGAGAGAUUACUAAUGAGGCUGGCAGCUACAGUUCUCUGCCAGAUGCUGCUGUUCUGGUAGUGGAGUUGUCCAAAAUAAAGGUGUUUUCUGUAGAGUGAUUGGUUACCUUCAUAAAUGCAUUUUUUUUUUAUCUAGCAUUUAGGCUAAGAAACAGAAUCUAACACUGACAUGACCAAAACUUGAGAAUAGUGUUGGGGUGGUUGGAUUUUUUUUCCCCGCUUGAACUGGUUCUGCUAGAGGUUGCUGCAUUUUUUGCAGAUACUUGAGUGGAAAGCGUAAGCACCUAACACUUUAAACCAAUAUAAAAAGACUCAGGAGUACUUACCUGCUGCAGCUGUCAGACUUGAUUGUUCCUGUCUUCUAAAAUGUAUCAAUACUCUGACUUUUAGCCCUGCAGUGUUCCUAAAUCUUUGAAUAUGGCUUCUCUAUUUUGUCUGCCUUUUUUCUUCAGUUUGUUGUUAAAUGUCUUUUAGGUUUUGGUUUUCUGCCCAAAACUUUGGUCACUGUGAGACGUUAAAAGAUAGAUACUGGGUAGAAUUUUUUUCAGACUGUUUAUAUUAUUUGCAUCCAUAUAGCUCCUUUUCAGUAAAUCCAAGCAAGCUGGCUUUGUGUUACUGUAAGGAAAAAAAAAAAAAACAAAAACAAAAAAUCAAAAAACCCUCAAAAAUGAAACCCCAAAAAAGCAAACAAAAAUAUUAAAACCCCAAAAUAAAACAGUUAUGUUCACUGUUAGCUCAGUGCUUUUUAGCAUUUUUCUUCAUCCUUCAAAACUACCAUGCUCUGUUAUACUUGUGCACACUAUUUGCUAAUCCUUGCCAAGACUCACACUGUGUGACUUGAUGUGCAGGCUACCCUCAUAUCCUUCCAAUCUGGUUUUUAUUCCAGAUGUGAACCCAUGAUAAGUAAACAUCCCUCCUUGUUUCUUUGCCCUAGGUGUAAUAUGCUCUGGAGACUAAAUAGUCUCCUCCUUUGUCUGUUUUGGUUGCUGGAUGCUUGCUCCUGUGCACAUCUUGUUUUUUGCUCAGCAAUUUUUGAAUGUGCUUGAACCGGUAUCUGGGUUUAGAUGUGAAGUGCCUUCUUAUUUAGGUGCUACAGCAAAAGAGUUUGAUUCAUAUAUGGCUUUGAUUUAUUUGAAUUGUUGCCAGUUCUUUCCUGUCUUGAAAAAUAGGAGAGGGAAUGUUUUCACUAAGAGAAGACUUGUUCACUCCUUCCUUGGGCAGAGGGUGGAGCCCCCAUCAGAUCUGCCCCUGCUUGAUGUGAGUGCAAGGAAGCCACUGAAAACACUGACUUGACUGAUGGCAUUGCUAAGAAAGUUGAUUGGCUUGGUCCCCAGUGUAGUGAAGUCUGUCAGAAUCACAGGGUCUCCAGACAGGUCCAGGUAGCUGGUGAGUUGUUCUCAAAACUUUUAAAGUGAUUCCAGGUCGAGCCUGUUUGGUAUGCUUAGAGAGCCCUUCUGAAAGCAAUUAUUUUGUAUACUUUGAGAAACAUGGGUGUUUGGACAUGGUAAGUCCUGAUCAUGGUGAGGAGCAAUUCUGGUGGUGAUGGUCAUGUUUUCUGUUCUAAGACUUUGAUGGUCUUCCAAAAGGUAAAUAUCUCAACACAUCUGGACUCUUCACUGUAUGUCAGUAGUCACUGCUGACUGCUGUGCAGUGUUCAAGAUCAAGGGUGGCUCUACGACAGUUCUCUGUUAUCUUGGUUUGUAUUUAUGUCUUUACAGAAGAAGGAGUCAUGAGGCAUCCUUCAUUCCUUUAAAUAUCUGAUUGACUCUCUGUUUCACCUUUGACAAAGGAGUGGCCUGCCCAGGUUAAGGCCUGAGGCAUUCUGCACUUUGCAAAUGUUAAAGUGGAAAUUUAUUUGGCAACUAAUUUGUAAUCAGGUAUAUAAGUCAUUGAUGCUUCCCAAAAUACUUAACAGUAUUGUUUGAUAGCGUCUGAAGUACAGGUGAGUGCCAGGUCUGAAUUACUAGUUGUGCUGGAGAUAGUUGUCUUGGCUACCAUAACUGGAGUCUUAAAUAUUUGAAUCCAGUAGGUUCUUAGAGAAAAUUUUUUUGUAUCUGAGAUGAAUAUGGAAGAGCAGAAAACCCAUCUAUUUGUAACAUAAGUCAUUCUUUGAUGCAUUUUAUGUGUCUCGCUUCUGGAGCGCAAGUUAAAAAAGGAAAAGCAAUGAGUUACAUUUUCAUUUAUUCAUACAUGCAGCUGUAUCUGCUCCUGGAUAAUUUUGCUCUUUCCUUACUUGAUUGUCCAAGUGUCUAUGUUUAGCAAGUAGACAAAUUGAAGUAUGACAUAUCUGUGUACGUAUUUGAUUUGUACAAAAUCACUUUAAUUUUUCCAGGUUUUUGUUCAGAGUUUUACUGUAAGAAUGAGUAUUGAAGAGUUCUUAGCCUGUUUUGAUGCUUGUUGGUCACUACUUUUGAUCAGUACUCUCUAUAGUAACUGCUCAUCUUCCAGCAGAGGUGGACAGUAAAGCUGUCAGGGAUUCCCCUCUUUCAGUAUUUGGCAAGACCUGUAUCAGCAGAAAAAAAUCUUGGGCAGAAGCUUCCACAGUGCGUAGUAAUUCUGCAAAUGUUCUCUCAUCCUUCUCACACCACGGUUACUUGUUGUAGAGUUUCAUCAGGGUUUAGUGUAUCUGAUGAAGAAUGAUAACUGUUCCUGUGACAAAGUGCAGAAUCUAAAGUUUGUAAGAAACUUGUUUAUCUUGUUGCACAUAGUGCAACUUUACUAUGAAGAUGCUGAAUUAAAUCUGAAUGUAUGGAGACUCAGGCCUUUAUGGUACAUUAUGGGACAAGAGGUUUUAGUAAUUCAUAAUUACUCCUCUCCAGUAUUUCAGAGAUCUGUCUCUUUUUGUCCUAUGAAGUGUCUUGCAGCUGUUUGUGCUGUGAAACUUCUCUCUUCGUAACGACUCAGUAGCUUGGAGGUGGGACAGAAGCAACUUCCCCAUGAACUGGUCAUGUGUGACAAGCUAAAUGUAGCUUUCUGAGAAAUGCUGCAACAGUGAGGGCACAGCCGAGAGCCUGCUGUUGUUUGUGUGUUUCUAAAAGAGUCUAGAAAUGUAUACACAUAAAUCAUAAAAAAGCAGCUUUCCAAGGAGCCAUCCGGUUGCCUUGCUAUGAGCAUUGAUCCUUGCUGUUUGUUUUAAUCUGGGAGCACUUUUUCCUAAGUUGUUGCAUACCUGAAGGCUUAUUUUCUGCAUCAACAUAGUCACAAACCGGAUCUCUGCUUGGAUGUUGAAACAGUUGGCUUCAUACAGGUCAAUCAGAAUGCCUUGCUCUAGUUGUCUUUGAAGGGUCCCAGUGGGGAAACAGUGGUGGGGAGGAAGGAAACCAGUCUAGGAUCUGUGUCUUCACACCUGUGCUGUGUAUUGAAAUGCAACUUUCAGCUGAGUAGUCUUGACAAAAGUGUGUUACUGAUGUAAAAACUGUGAAUCUCGAUCUUGUGUCUGCAGGGGACACAAAUUCUUGUGCUGGAGUCUUUCUUGGGCACUAUCCUCUCAGGUCAGUGAGGACUGACGGAAGAAACAGCAAAUCCAGCCUUUAUGAACUAAUUCUUCUGAGGCACAGAUACCUGCAAAUGCAUGUUGAGAUGUUGUGAGUAGACACCAGCAUGCACAGAGAAGGGGAUGGCCAAAGGAAGGAACUGUGAUUUUCUUAGCUGCAGCAGUACACAAUGGGGUUUUUCAUAUGCUUUUGUUGUGGUCAAGUUCUUCCAGAAGAAGACUAAGCUGCAUUUCUGUGUGUGAUCACAAGGUGAUUUUUUAGAUUUCCAGUCAAAUUGGAGGACUGACAAGCUUUGCAAUGCUCAAUUAACAUGAAAAAAGAACUUAUUUUGAAGUCACAUUUAGCCUUAAUGUUAUCUGAAGUGCUGCAGUUCAUGUGUAGUAGUUUACUAUAGGGUGAAAUGAUUAUCAUAAAUAAUGUUUUAAAGGAGUCACCUUAAAUAGUUAUCUACAUGAUGUUUGCUUUUUUGUCUGCUUUCAAAAAGUCUCUCUAUCCAUAGCAUAGCUAGCUGUAAAUUGAGCUUUGCUCUCAAUUUCUAGUACUAAUAACAAACAGGGUCUGCAAUAGUUUAAGGAGUAAAUGUUCUGGCUAAAGACCGACCAUUUCUGUAGGAAUGCUUUGAAGUGAAGUGAUGGCUGGGUUUGAAGCCUUGCUGACAUGGAGAUAAUAGAUAUGACCAGUUCACUGUGCACUAAUACACUGCUAGAUUCUGUUAUUUAGCACACUGCUGAUAAGAUUUACUACUACUGUUACUUACUAGUUAAGAACCAAGUAUGAGUGGAAUUGUAAGUCACCUGAAUAGAGUCCAUGCAGUCUGGAGAGCUUUCUUGAUGGAGAUCAGUAACAGACUCCCAUCCCACACUAAAAGGAGCAAAAAAAACCAACUCUAUGGUUGCAGUCUGUGUUUUGGUUUUGCAAGUCAAAUUACCUUUUUAGGUUGGGUCCUGUUUUACCUCAAAAUUUAUUUGACUAAAUUUAAAAACCUUUCUAUUAAGUACCUUGAAGCAUGUCUUGCAACUGUUCAAUUGCAAUCAAUGGUUAUACAACUGUGGUAUUACUUCUGUCAUAGAUGAAGAAAGCUGAUACUGUUAAGAGUCAGGGUUCUCACUGCAUCCCUGUUCUUAAACAAUGGACUGAACAGGUGAAAAAUCAUGACCAGUAGCUUUAAUUCUGAGGAAGUGGUUGAUACCAUUUUCUUGUCCUCUUCAGAGAGCUUCCUGCUGCCCCAAGGGAUGUGUCCCUUCUGCCUCAUAUGGAAAAUUGACCUUUAAGAACUAACAGUUUUAAACUAACUAACUAACUGACUAACUAAAGAUAGUCUUCUGGUACAUGCUGAGUAAUUUGGAAGAUAACAUAUUGAACUUGACAAUCUUUCCCACACUUCUGUUUCAUAAAUCUUCAGAUUUUCUUGUAACAGGACACAAGCAAUGGAGAAGUGUCAAAUAAAGUUAGUGUUCUGUUCCAGAGAGUGUAUUUUGGAUAGUCUCCUUUUUCCCUAGUAACAGCUAUGGAAAGAGAGCAGUAGGAGAUACUGAUAUAUAACUUGCUGUUCUUCACAAGUAGAGCCAGAGUUUGAAUUUUUUGAUUUUUCUAACUUUUAGCAUUCUGUCUUUUAACAUCCUUCAUGACAGGGUGACAGAAAUAGUGAGGAAAUACUAUUAGGGAGUUAAAUGUUCUUGUGACAUCUAAUGUCACGUAAGUUAUGGCCAUAAGUAGCUAGGACACCUAUUUAUGGUCUGCUAGAUAACACCUUCAGAAUAGGGAUUCCUAAAAUGCUGCCAAAGUGUUUUUAUCAAUCCAAACCAUUAUGUGCCAGUUACUCAAGUGGUAUGGUAGACCCUUGCGAUUUUUUACUGUCUUUGUGUGCACCCUAUAAGUGAAAUCACUGCCAGUAUACAAGCCAGUUUGUCCACGUGGUAUGAUACCACUUUCUCAGCAGGCCAAUUGUGUCUAAUAAAAUUUACAUCUUCAUUCCUUUCCCCACUGCUAAAUAGUUAAAGGUGAAAGUCAAAGUUAUCAGCAUCAGCAUGUAAAAAAAAAAAAAAAAAAAAGAAGUAGAAUACCAGGAAAAAGUAAUAUUUAUUUCUGAAACAGUAUUUAAUGGUAAUGUCUGUUGUAUGUUUAAGUGGCAGAUAAUUAAGUCUGCUGUUCAGAAUGCUUUUUAACUUUGUUUUGUUAUUGCUGCUUAAUUGUCUUCUAAAUGUCUCUUCUUUAGAAACUGUGCCCCUCCCUGUUUGACCUGAUGACUAGUGAUUUCACACUUACUCUUAUUUAUUUAAAGCCAUGGCAACCACCGUACUGAAAUGUCAUCAAGUAAAGCCCAGAUCUGCGUGCUGACUAGUGAUGCAAAGGUCUGCUCUCUAAUAAAAUGCAGCCCAUGAAGGACGAGCUCCAAAAGGCAGCUACGCCCUUCGUAACUUCAAGCAUUUGCUCUAAUUUCAAGGCUUUGCCAUGUGGUGUUGCUCAACGUGCAGCAAAACAAGUUCUUGCGAGCCCCUUGAGCAUUCUUCCUCAUGUAACAGAUUAAAUAUUCAGGCUUCAUUAACUCUCCCACCCACCCCUCCAAGAAAAAAACCUAAACCAAACCAAAAACCCACAGAAUCAAAACCAAACCUGAAACAAAAAGCCCAACACAAGUAUAUAUUGGAGAAUUGUUUUGCUUUAUUGCAAAGUGGUGUUAAUUACAGAGAGGCUUAGUGCAGUUCUGACAUGUGAGCCAUUAAUCUAAACACUCCCAACAGUGAUUUUGCUUUGGUUGUGCUUUGCUACUUUGUACAGGACAAAGGGAAGGGAGUAAGUGUUGCAAUAUAGUAUUGUGCAAUUCCUGACUUUUAAAUAGAAAAUGAUAGGCAAGUCUGCAUAGGCCUCUUGCACGCCAAAAUGUAGCCACUGAUUUUUGCCACUCACACUCUUUCUAAUCAGGAAUAGGUAUACACUGGCUUCUUAAGGUCAAAGGGGGAGAAGGGGGAGAAGGGUGAAGAGAUUAAGAGGUUGCAGUACCUGUGAAUGGCCCUGAGCCUCCUUGGCCUUAAAACUCAGAAUCUGUUAGAUUACCUCUAGUUUAUGAUAUCUGAAGGUAAUUCUUAGACUCCCUGUGCAGCAUCUUACCAGGAAAGGCAGCUGGGUCUGUAUCACUAAGUCUUUUGGUGAAGUAGCUCUUUAGCUUUCUGUGUUUUUCCAUCUGUGGAGUUGUAGCACAUUCUUCCAGGGCAGUUUCUCUUUCCUGUAGUGGCUCAUCUAAAGUUGGCCUGUUGCUCCUGCAGUUUCUGCCUAUAGUGAAAUAUCAAUCUGAGGUUUGGGGGACCACACGUGUGCCCUCAUUGUGUGGUGUUUGUGAUGGCUAGCCUUGUAUGACUCAAGAGAGAUCCCCUUAGAAAGGAGUAGCUCCAGGUGGGUGCAGACUGGGAAAGAUGAAGUUUGUCACCCUUAGUGCAGUAUGUCUUUCUAUCAGUUCAAUGGAGUAACCAACUCACAUCAGCUAAAGGAGAGCUCUUGGGCAAUGGGACCCAACUUUGAAAACUCUUGGUGGUUUCUGGUUCUUGCUGAGCUUCUGUGAUGCAGAAAAUUCUCCAUGAUCUGCAUUACUGUAAUCACAAUACCUUGUAAUGUCAUGGGCUGGGGCUGCUGGUGGUAUCACGCACGUUCUGUGGGCCUUACUGGGAUUCAUGCCACAUGCUGAUUAACAGAAAAAAGGAUUUCCUGUAAAGGGCAAGAAUCCCCUCCCUGCUGUGUCACCGCCAGCAUCCCCAAGCUCUCUUUUUGUCCCAAGAAGUGUGAGCAAACUGCUGCUUCCUAAAUUCUUUAAUCCAUGCUGGUUCUUUGCAGACCUUCAGGCGUGGCACUGAAACUUUCUCCUUCAGGGUAGCUCUUCGAAAUGAAAGGUGGAAGCCAAGAAGUUCAAAUUGGGCUUUGCUCUUCCAGCAGCUUACAUGCAACUAAUUGGUGGGUGGGUGUCUGCCUACAUCCUUUCUUGGGUUUUUUUAAGUUGGGUUUAUGUGUACCUUCUUAUUUAUGUACCUUCUUAUUCUGCCUUACUAAUUAGCUGGCACAGAGGAAGCCUCUGAGAAACCCUUCAAAAAUUUCUGCUUUUGGUAGAAUUUUAUAAAAUUGCAGCAUGUGAACAGAUUGAAAAAUCCCAACCAAAAAAAAAAAAAAAAACCCUAACAAAAACCCAAAGAAAUACAAAAAACACAAAAGCAACCCAAACCAGACAACAAAAGAAAUAACUCUGUAUGGAUAUUGAUUUUGUGAAGUCUUUAAACAGGUAUGCUGGCAAGGGCAUUGCACACAGACGGAGAUAGUAGUGAAACAAAAUUCAGUAGCUACUCAUUUGCUGGAUUUGGUCAGGAGAGAUUUUAAAGGACACUUCUGAGACCUUUUUUCUGAUGUGGUGAUUUUUUAAAAUGUAAACAAGCUACAGGGCUUAAUAAUAUACAACUGAGGAUUAUGUCCAUUGUAAUUUUUUACAGUACUUUUACUAAUUGUAUUAUAUUCAAAAUACUUAUUUCUGAGACAAAGUGGACAAUACUAGUGGGCAUCUUGCACUUGAUUAAAUGUAAAACAUUUUCUUAAUUUAGUGAUGUGUUUAGGAGAAUACUGUAACUUACUGAAUAUACAACAGUGAUAACUGUGUUUACAAUAAUUAUAAAAUUCCUACUGUUCAGUGGUAGCCAACUUGUUUGAGAAUUGAAAGUAAGGCAUACUGCAAUUGGCAAUCUUGGAAAAAUUAACUCAAUGCUGCUACCACUAAAUACUGUGGGAUGGAUACCGUGGGUUUAAAUGGCAGCAGGAUUGUAUUCCAAGCCUCUGUCUUAAGUACUUAUGACUAAAAGGCGACUUGCCUUGUGCUCAUUUAUGUAUCCCUGUGUGUAGUACAUCAGUUAGAAAUCUGUUAAUGAUUGAUUUGUAACAUUAGGACCUUUAUGGAGAUCACAGUGGGGUUUUUGUUUGUUUUCGUUUGUGAGCAGACACUUAGACAUUUUGGAAUGUAUAACAUUGAUCCUUGUGCUGGAAUUGUUUACAUGCAAAAAUGUAUUUAUGAUUUUUUGCAAACUGCAAUGUGCAAUUUUGUACAUGUGUUUUAAACUACAGAGUUUAUAAGGAAGAUAUUGUAUGUACAGUACUUGGACAUGAGUAUUAUUUCUUUGAUAUAAAUAUCUAGAGGAAAAUUAAAAUUGCUUUAUAUUCAUA